AGGAGGGUAGUAGGAGCGUGCAAGAGUGAGGUAGAGAAAUCAAAGAGUGGCAUUAUAUCAAACACCUACCGACCACUUCAUUUGUCAGCGUAUCUGACAAAAUCAAAAUCACAGCCACUGCGAUCUCGUGCAUGUGUAAAGUUGAUUGUAAUCUAUCCCUAUCAAGACAGUUUAAUGGAAACGAGUUGAUGAACUGUGAUAUGCUGUUUGCAAUGUUAUAUUUGUGAUGACCUUUGGCGUUUCUCUGGGAAUUUCCUAUCUUUCUUGACCCUGACGAAAUGUACUGAAUACAGUUCCGGGUGCCAAGGAAAUAGGGACAAGACAAGCACCUUUCCUUGUGUAAUUCGUGUAUUGGUUCGAGGGUGAUGUUUUGUUUGACAAAAGACCUGGCUAAUGGUGUUGGCAUCUGGGAGUUGACACCAUUCAAGUCUUAAAUCAUGUCCAGUCAUAUAUAUAGCUUCUAGGAUGCUUGCUGCUCAUAGACUAUGGCUUAGUGCUUGCGUUGCUUGGAUCAUUUUGCGGGGUUGAAUAUGCAAAGCAUAAGGAAAUCUAUCUUGAAUCAAGUGAAUUUAAGGAGGUCAGCUGAAAGAUGGUUUUUGGCUUGGGAUGAAGGUCUGAAUAUGCAUUUGAGAUCUUGGUGCUCUGCAACAGCUGCCAGUUCUGAUCAAAUACUGGACCGCGUAAUUGCAUUGGCCAAGAAGUAUGAUAAAAUCAAUGCCUCAAAGGUUACUGAAACAGCUGAUUUUCAAAAGGACUUGAACAUGGACAGCUUGGACCGAGUGGAACUCAUUAUGGCCCUUGAAGAAGAAUUUUCUAUUGAAAUUCCUGAUGAGCAGGCUGAUAAGCUUGCUUGCUGUGCUGAUGUGGCGAAAUACAUCGCAGAGGUUGAUCAGAAAAACGUGGAAAAGCCCUAACUUCUUAACGUUGCUUUGAGCUAUACAUUCCAGUUAUUUUGGCUGAUCUCUUUUGAGUCAGCUUAGUUACAUGUAUGCAUACUAUCUACAAUUUGGCUAAUCUCUUUUGAGUCAGCUUAGUCACAUGUAUGCAUACUAUCUACAGUUUGCUUUAAUGAUUUUGAGGUAGUUAUUGGUAGAA